CAAUAAGUGUAAAUAUUAUAAAUAAUAUAACAUUUUAUGGUUUCAGAUCUUUGACAAUGAAAUUCCACGUGAUCAUUGUUUGUUUUGUCCAGUUCAGUUUAUACGAAAAAACAUUUGCAGACGAUCAUCCUGAUACAUAUCUAUCGAUUGAAGAACUCGUCCAAAAAUAUGGUUAUCCUAUCGAAUCCCAUGAAAUAACAACUGAAGAUGAGUAUAUGAUAACAAUUUAUCGAAUACGACAUGGAAAGGAUGAUAAAACUACAAAUACUAAGCCCAUUUUACUGAUGCACGGCCUUUUUAGUCAAUGUGAACAUUAUAUAACGAAUGGAAUGAAUAACGGUAGUUUGGCUUAUCUCCUGGCUGAUAAUGGCUAUGACGUUUGGUUAGGGAACUCUAGAGGCAACCAACAUGGUAGGAAACAUAAGUAUCUCUCUCCUGAAGAAAAAGAAUUUUGGGAUUUCAGUUGGCAUGAAAUAGGAAUGUACGAUAUACCUGCAAUGGUAGAUCAUAUACUCUCAGAAACCGGCAAGAAAAAAUUACACUAUGUUGGCCAUUCCCAGGGAGGAACAGCGCUUUACAUUAUGACCUCAAUGAAACCAGAAUAUCAGGAGAAGCUUGGCUUAGUCUCACUCCUAGCACCAGCAGGUUACUUCAGACAUUUCAGAAGCCCUUUAAUUUGGCCAUUGGUAGUAAUGGAGAGGGAACUAGUUUUACUAACUCAACUUACAAAUAUUUACGAAUUGCCACCCAAAUAUAUUAAUCUACCAGAACUUCUCCUGACUGGCUGCAAACACACCACAUUCAGAUUGAGGCAAAUUUGUGAAAUAUCUUACCAUUUGGGUAUAGGUGGAGAUUCAGGAUUGUUUAGACAAGAAAUGCUUCCCCUUGUCGUGAGAUUUAUUCCUACAGCCUCCACUAGACAACCACUUCAUUAUUCUCAAGCCAUCAACUCAGGACACUUCCGUCCCUGGGAUUAUGGAGAAGAUCAAAAUUACGAAAUCUAUGGAAGAGCAAUGCCACCUGAUUAUCCAAUCGAGAACAUCACUACUCCCAUUGCUAUUUACUAUGGCAAUAAUGAUAUUUUAACUAGUUUGGAAGAUAUAGAGGAGAUAAGUGAUGUCCUACCAAAUGUUGUGAGAAGAUAUUUGAUACCGAAUGUAAAAUGGACCCACAUGGACUUUAUAAUGGCAACAAAUGCAGCACGAAUGUUGAAUAUUCCCUUGUUGAAUUUUCUCAAGAAAUUUGAUUCCAAGUUAGAAUCCAAAUAAAAAUAUUGCAAAAUUGAAUUUU